AUGGGUAUGAACAUGCCAGCAGUGUUCUCGACCUCCACUGAAAUUACAAUCCUCUUCACUGGCUGGACAACCUCAACCACGACGCAAUAUGUCUUCACAUUGACCUUUCUAUUCCUCCUCGCCAUCUUCAACCGCUCUCUUGGCGCCCUGAAAUUCCAACUUGAGAAAUCAUGGUCCCAGCAUACCUCUCCCCCUCCAACUCUGCUUCUCGCCUCAGUAAAUCCACGAAAAGGCGUCCGAAAAGCAAAGCUCAGUCCUCUUCCGAACUACAUGCGCGUGCACGAGGACGAGGACCCCGAUGAGGAGAAUUUGCCAGUCUCGAACAAUGACAAUGAAACACAAAGCACGUCAAUGGAAUAUCUCAUAAAGGAUAGCCCUCGGAAUAGGUUCUCCCUGAAACGCCUGGUCCCAUCCUGGAAGGCCAGUGGAACCUGGAGUCUGUGGAAAGACGGGACACGUGCAUUGCUUGAGUGUGCUAGGGCUUUGAUUGGAUAUUUCUUGAUGCUAUCCGUGAUGACCUUCAACGUCGGCGUCUUCGUUGCUGUGCUUUUCGGCGUCCUGGUGGGCGAACUGCUUCUUGGAAGAUUCUCUCAGGGAAUCCCUGGCUGGCAGGAAGGGACUUGUCAUGGUGGAUGA